CCUCAAUCGUCCGAAGAAUGGCAUACUGCUCUCGAAGCCAUCAAGCUCCUCUAUCACCAGCGGCAAUACAAACAGUGCGCUGCACGCGUCACAGAGCUUCUCACGACCGCGCCAGAGCCAAUCAACGCCGUCCACAAGACGUUCCUUUACUUCUACAGCGCCAUCUCCUACGAGGCCAUGGGGCUUUCGGCACACAGUCACUCUCGCAACAAGCUUCAACUGCUGCACUUUGCUCUAGACUCUUUUGUGACCUGCAGCACUGCCCUGCCGAGCCCCAUCCCCUCUACUGAGCGCUACUCUAACAUCUCCGAGGCUCUGUUUACGACCGUCCCCUCGGAGUCAUCGUUCUCGUCUUCUGACUACUCUCCGGGGUCGAGGACGAGGCCCUCGAGCCUGGCCAGCAGCCUCGCCGAUAUGAUUGAACGGUCUCUCGCCUGUGGCAGUGCGGAUGAGGACUCUUUUGUGUCGCACGAUAGUGAUGGUGACAUCGGGGUGACUUAUGGAGAGCCUUGUGCGGGAAUUCUGGCCGCAAGUGCAAGCCAUAGCCACCUGAUCCCUUCCCCUCUGAAGGUGAGGAAACCUUCGGGGGCCUCCACUUCCAGCUUUGCAGACAAUACUCCUCUUCCUCGCCCACCUCCCCCUCUUCCUCUCAGAGUUGUUCCGCGGGAUAUUCGGCCCUCUUCUCCAGGUCUCCACCGUGAAAUACCCUUCGCAGAUGCUCUUUCUACCUUGGAUGAAGACCGGAGCAUGACUCCAUUUCGCAGCGUACCCACAAAUCACAUAUCGAAUUACAAUAGCAGCAUCCGCUCCCUUCAAAGUCAGAUCAUCUCUAGUAUUGCCAGCAUCCAGGCCGUGAUCGACGAGGUGACCGAGAUGCAGCACACUCGCCGUGUCUCGAAAAGUAUCCGCCGUUCGGCCUCCUUCUGGAGUUUCAGCCCCGUGAAGGAUAAAGAUCGCGAUUCCUCAUCCUCUGGUUCUUCAUGCCUCAAGUUCACCGAAAACAGCUCCGGACGAACAACCGUUACGGAGAGCAUGGAGCAGAGAAUCGAAAGGCUACGCAGCGAAGGGUGGCAGACAGUCGGACUCCGGUCUCGCCGCCGAGGGUGGAAGGGGGAGGAGUACUACCGGGCAUAUUGUGGAAGGGUUCUGGAUGAGCUUUAC